UCACUGCACAACAAGAUGGCGGCGGCGGCGGCGAGCGGAGCUGGCGGGGCUGCCGGGGCCGGGACGGGGGGAGCCGGGCCCGCGGGCCGCCUGCUGCCUCCGCCCGCGCCGGGGUCCCCAGCCGCCCCCGCUGCCGUGUCCCCUGCGGCCGGCCAGCCGCGUCCCCCAGCCCCGGCCUCCCGCGGACCCAUGCCCGCCCGUAUCGGCUACUACGAGAUCGACCGCACCAUCGGCAAGGGCAACUUCGCGGUGGUCAAGCGGGCCACGCACCUCGUCACCAAGGCCAAGGUUGCUAUCAAGAUCAUAGAUAAGACCCAGUUGGAUGAAGAAAACUUGAAGAAGAUUUUCCGGGAAGUUCAAAUUAUGAAGAUGCUUUGCCACCCCCAUAUCAUCAGGCUCUACCAGGUUAUGGAGACAGAACGGAUGAUUUAUCUGGUGACAGAAUAUGCUAGUGGAGGGGAAAUAUUUGACCACCUGGUGGCCCAUGGUAGAAUGGCAGAAAAGGAGGCACGUCGGAAGUUCAAACAGAUCGUCACAGCUGUCUAUUUUUGUCACUGUCGGAACAUUGUUCAUCGUGAUUUAAAAGCUGAAAAUUUACUUCUGGAUGCCAAUCUGAAUAUCAAAAUAGCAGAUUUUGGUUUCAGUAACCUCUUCACUCCUGGGCAGCUGCUGAAGACCUGGUGUGGCAGCCCUCCCUAUGCUGCACCUGAACUCUUUGAAGGAAAAGAAUAUGAUGGGCCCAAAGUGGACAUCUGGAGCCUUGGAGUUGUCCUCUACGUGCUUGUGUGCGGUGCCCUGCCGUUUGAUGGAAGCACACUGCAGAAUCUGCGGGCCCGCGUGCUGAGUGGAAAGUUCCGCAUCCCAUUUUUUAUGUCCACAGAAUGUGAGCAUUUGAUCCGCCAUAUGUUGGUGUUAGAUCCCAAUAAGCGCCUCUCCAUGGAGCAGAUCUGCAAGCACAAGUGGAUGAAGCUAGGGGACGCCGAUCCCAACUUUGACAGGUUAAUAGCUGAAUGCCAGCAACUAAAGGAAGAAAGACAGGUGGACCCCCUGAAUGAGGAUGUCCUCUUGGCCAUGGAGGACAUGGGACUGGACAAAGAACAGACACUGCAGUCAUUAAGAUCAGAUGCCUAUGAUCACUAUAGUGCAAUCUACAGCCUGCUGUGUGAUCGACAUAAGAGACAUAAAACCCUGCGUCUCGGAGCACUUCCUAGCAUGCCCCGAGCCCUGGCCUUUCAAGCACCAGUCAAUAUCCAGGCGGAGCAGGCAGGUACUGCUAUGAACAUCAGCGUUCCCCAGGUGCAGCUGAUCAACCCAGAGAACCAAAUUGUGGAGCCGGAUGGGACACUGAAUUUGGACAGUGAUGAGGGUGAAGAGCCUUCCCCGGAAGCAUUGGUGCGCUAUUUGUCAAUGAGGAGGCACACAGUGGGUGUGGCUGACCCACGCACGGAAGUUAUGGAAGAUCUGCAGAAGCUCCUACCUGGCUUUCCUGGAGUCAACCCCCAGGCUCCAUUCCUGCAGGUGGCCCCUAAUGUGAACUUCAUGCACAACCUGUUGCCUAUGCAAAAUUUGCAACCAACCGGGCAACUUGAGUACAAGGAGCAGUCUCUCCUACAGCCGCCCACGCUACAGCUGUUGAAUGGAAUGGGCCCCCUUGGCCGGAGGGCAUCAGAUGGAGGAGCCAACAUCCAACUGCAUGCCCAGCAGCUGCUGAAGCGCCCACGGGGACCCUCUCCGCUUGUCACCAUGACACCAGCAGUGCCAGCAGUUACCCCUGUGGACGAGGAGAGCUCGGACGGGGAGCCAGACCAGGAAGCUGUGCAGAGGUACUUGGCAAAUAGGUCCAAAAGACAUACACUGGCCAUGACCAACCCUACAGCUGAGAUCCCACCGGACCUACAACGGCAGCUAGGACAGCAGCCUUUCCGUUCCCGGGUCUGGCCUCCUCACCUGGUACCUGAUCAGCAUCGCUCUACCUACAAGGACUCCAACACUCUGCACCUCCCUACGGAGCGUUUCUCCCCUGUGCGCCGGUUCUCAGAUGGGGCUGCGAGCAUCCAGGCCUUCAAAGCUCACCUGGAAAAAAUGGGCAACAACAGCAGCAUCAAACAGCUGCAGCAGGAGUGUGAGCAGCUGCAGAAGAUGUACGGGGGGCAGAUUGAUGAAAGAACCCUGGAGAAGACCCAGCAGCAGCAUAUGUUAUACCAGCAGGAGCAGCACCAUCAAAUUCUCCAGCAACAAAUUCAAGACUCUAUCUGUCCUCCUCAGCCAUCUCCACCUCUUCAGGCUGCAUGUGAAAAUCAGCCAGCCCUCCUUACCCAUCAGCUCCAGAGGUUAAGGAUUCAGCCUUCAAGCCCACCCCCCAACCACCCCAACAACCAUCUCUUCAGGCAGCCCAGUAAUAGUCCUCCCCCCAUGAGCAGUGCCAUGAUCCAGCCUCACGGGGCUGCAUCUUCUUCCCAGUUUCAAGGCUUACCUUCCCGCAGUGCAAUCUUUCAGCAGCAACCUGAGAACUGUUCCUCUCCUCCCAACGUGGCACUAACCUGCUUGGGUAUGCAGCAGCCUGCUCAGUCACAGCAGGUCACCAUCCAAGUCCAAGAGCCUGUUGACAUGCUCAGCAACAUGCCAGGCACAGCUGCAGGCUCCAGUGGGCGCGGCAUCUCCAUCAGCCCCAGUGCCGGUCAGAUGCAGAUGCAGCACCGUACCAACCUGAUGGCCACCCUCAGCUAUGGGCACCGUCCCUUGUCCAAGCAGCUGAGUGCUGACAGUGCAGAGGCUCACAGCUUGAACGUGAAUCGGUUCUCCCCUGCUAACUACGACCAGCCGCAUUUACACCCCCAUCUGUUUUCGGACCAGUCCCGGGGUUCCCCCAGCAGCUACAGCCCUUCAACAGGAGUGGGGUUCUCUCCAACCCAAGCCCUGAAAGUCCCUCCACUUGACCAAUUCCCCACCUUCCCUCCCAGUGCACAUCAGCAGCCGCCACACUAUACCACGUCGGCACUACAGCAGGCCCUGCUGUCUCCCACGCCGCCAGACUAUACAAGACACCAGCAGGUACCCCACAUCCUUCAAGGACUGCUUUCUCCCCGGCAUUCGCUCACCGGCCACUCGGACAUCCGGCUGCCCCCAACAGAGUUUGCACAGCUCAUUAAAAGGCAGCAGCAACAACGGCAGCAGCAGCAGCAACAGCAGCAACAGCAAGAAUACCAGGAACUGUUCAGGCACAUGAACCAAGGGGAUGCGGGGAGUCUGGCUCCCAGCCUUGGGGGACAGAGCAUGACAGAGCGCCAGGCUUUAUCUUAUCAAAAUGCUGACUCUUAUCACCAUCACACCAGCCCCCAGCAUCUGCUACAAAUCAGGGCACAAGAAUGUGUCUCACAGGCUUCCUCACCCACCCCGCCCCACGGGUAUGCUCACCAGCCGGCACUGAUGCAUUCAGAGAGCAUGGAGGAGGACUGCUCGUGUGAGGGGGCCAAGGAUGGCUUCCAAGACAGUAAGAGUUCAAGUACAUUGACCAAAGGUUGCCAUGACAGCCCUCUGCUCUUGAGUACCGGUGGACCUGGGGACCCUGAAUCUUUGCUAGGAACUGUGAGUCAUGCCCAAGAAUUGGGGAUACAUCCCUAUGGUCAUCAGCCGACUGCUGCAUUCAGUAAAAAUCAGGUGCCCAGCAGAGAGCCUGUCAUAGGGAACUGCAUGGAUAGAAGUUCUCCAGGACAAGCAGUGGAGCUGCCGGAUCACAAUGGGCUCGGGUACCCAGCACGCCCCUCCGUCCAUGAGCACCACAGGCCCCGGGCCCUCCAGAGACACCACACGAUCCAGAACAGCGACGAUGCUUAUGUACAGCUGGAUAACUUGCCAGGAAUGAGUCUCGUGGCUGGGAAAGCACUUAGCUCUGCCCGGAUGUCGGAUGCAGUUCUCAGUCAGUCUUCGCUCAUGGGCAGCCAGCAGUUUCAGGAUGGGGAAAAUGAGGAAUGUGGGGCAAGCCUGGGAGGUCAUGAGCACCCAGACCUGAGCGAUGGCAGCCAGCAUUUAAACUCCUCUUGCUAUCCAUCUACGUGUAUUACAGACAUUCUGCUCAGCUACAAGCACCCCGAAGUCUCCUUCAGCAUGGAGCAGGCAGGCGUGUAACAAGAAACAGAGAGUUUUGUGUACAGCUUGGGAAUGAAAAGCUUGAUUGUAAACCCACAGUAUCUAGCAGCGUUGCGCCAAAUUGCCCUUGUGUUUCUCUCCACCCAAAAUAUCACAGCUGCUUUCCUCACAUUUGGUUCAUCCGUGUGCUGUUCUUUUGGGUUCUGAGAGGGUUUUGCCAUGUUUGCUUGUAUGACCAAGUCACCAAGGAAAUAAACAGGAAGGAAAUCCA